AUGAACUCUGCUGGAGCCUCAUUCAAGCCAGAUGCCACAGGCGCAGACCCCAAGCAGCUAGAGUAUAUCCCGCAUCUCAAGCUCAACGAUGGCGAAGAGAUCCCUAUGAUCGCCUACGGGCUCGGCACGGCAAACUUCAAAAAGGGUGGCGCCGACGCUGCCGGCUCCAUCGACAAGAAGAUUGUCGCGGACACCGUGACAGCUAUCAAGUCAGGCUACUUCCACCUUGACGGCGCAGACGGCUACGGCAACGAGGCCGAGCUUGGCCUCGCCAUUAAAGAAGCUGGAGUGCCCAGGGACAAGCUCUACGUGGUUACCAAGCUCAGCAAACCCAGCGCCGACAAGACCAUUGAGCAGGACUUCACCACCUCCCUGCAGAAGCUGGGCCUGGACUAUGUCGACCUUUACCUAAUCCACUCGCCCUUCUUUGCGGGCGGCGACCCGAAGCUGCUCCAACAGAAGUGGGCGGAGGUUGAGGCCAUCAAGGCCUCAGGUCGGGCUAAAUCGAUCGGCGUGUCCAACUUCCUACAGAAGCACCUCGAGGUUGUCCUCGAGACCGCCAAGGUCCCACCUGCUAUCAACCAGAUCGAGUUCCAUCCUUAUUUGCAGCACGGCGACUUACUCGACUUCCACCGGAAGAACAGUAUAGCUGUCUCGGCGUAUGCGGGGCUAACGGCCGUUACAAAGGCAAAGCCCGGCCCCUUGGAUGACGUCUAUGCACAACUAGCAAAGAAGUACGGUGUCUCGGAAGGGGAUGUCGCACUGAGAUGGAUUCUGGACCAAGGUGUUGUUGCUAUCACAACCAGUUCCAAGGAGGAGAGACUCAAGAGCUUCCUGUCGAAGCUACCGAGCUUCAAGCUGACCCCUGCUGAGGUCAAGUUGAUUGCGGACAGGGGCAACGAGAAGCACUUCAGAGGCUUCUGGAACCACAAGUUUGCCGAUGAUGAUCGUUCAUAG